CCCCCUCAUUAGACAACAAGAAUAUUUCGAACAAGAACAAUAAUACCAACAACAGCUACAAGAGUUCAACUUCAAUUAUCUCACUCGACCAAUAUACACUUCAUCAUGUCUGUUCAGGACGGUGCCCGUUUUGACUUUAUUGUCGUUGGUGGUGGCACGGCAGGCAAUAUCGUUGCCAGCCGCCUUGCGGAAAACCCCAAUGCCAGGAUUCUGGUCGUUGAAGCCGGUAUUGGCAGCUCCGAGGUUAAUGAGGAGAUCCGGACUCCUGCUCUCGCAAUGGAUAUCCGUGGCAGCCAGUACGACUGGGCUUACAAGACGACCAUGGUCAAGCGUGACGACUACGAGCGUAUUGAGAAGCCUAACACCCGCGGAAAGGCUCUUGGUGGUAGUUCGUCCCUAAACUAUUUCUCCUGGGUGCCUGGUUCUAAGGGUACCUUCGAUAUGUGGGAGGAAUACGGAGGAAAGGAGUGGACCUGGGAUCCUCUUGUUCCUUACCUUCGGAAGAGUGUGACUUACCACGAUGACGCCGGCUUGUUCCCACCAGAACUGAAGAAGAUCGGUGCCGGUGGUCCAAUUCCGAUUGCCCAUGCCGACCUUAUCCCUGAGAUGAAGGGUUUCCGUGACCUUGUCACUAAGGCCUGGAAGUCCACCGGCCAGCCCGUCACUGAGAAUAUAUUCGAUGGUGAGAUGAUCGGUCUGACACAUAGUGUCAACACCAUCUAUAAGGGCCGCCGCUCAGGAAGCUUCCUCGCCGUCUCGAACAAGCCGAAUAUCACCAUUCUUCCUGAAGUUUAUUCGAAAAAACUGAUUAUCGACGAUGCUGAUCGCACUGCUAAGGGUGUGACUGUGAUCACAAGCUCUGGACAAGAGCUUAGUUUCUAUGCUACCCGUGAAGUCAUCGUCUCCCAGGGUGUUUUUGAAAGCCCCAAGCUCCUGAUGCUUAGUGGUAUUGGACCGGCGCCUGAGCUAGCUAAGCACAAUAUCCCUGUGAUUGUCGACUCGCGCCACGUCGGCCAGCACCUCUUGGACCACCCCGGUGUUCCCUUCGUACUCCGUCUUAAAGACAGUUUCUCAAUGGAUAAUCACGUCUUACGAAAGGGUCCUCUGCAGAAUAAAAGUUUGGCAGCUUACUCCAACGGACACGCUGGCCCUAUGGGAUCGCCCUUCCUCGAGUUGAUCGGUUUCCCUCGUAUCGACAAGUACUUGGAAAAGUCCCCCGAGUACCGCAAGGCAAAGGCUGCUAAUGGUGGCCUCGAUCCCUUCUGUCCGUAUGGCCAGCCUCAUUUUGAGAUUGAUUUCCUCCCUCUGUUUGGUAGUGCCUUCCAGUGGCACUUCCCACACCCCAAGAAGGGCAGUUACAUGACUGUUAUGGUAGAUCUCGUUCGCCCAGUCUCUGAGGGCGGUGAGGUUACACUAAACAGCGCCGAUCCCCUACAGCAAGCGAACAUCAACUUGAAUUACUUCAAUAAUGACCUUGAUAUCAUUGCUAUUCGUGAAGGCAUCAGAUUCACCUACGAUGUACUCAAGAAUGGCGAAGGGUUCAAGGAUAUUGUUGAGGACGAAUAUCCUUGGGACAUGCCGCUAGAUGAUGAUGAAGCGAUGAAGAGAACAGUGUUAGAUCGUUCUCAGACCUCAUUCCACCCUUGUGGUACUGCCCGCCUGUCCAAGAACAUCCAACAGGGUGUGGUAGAUCCCAAUCUCAAGGUUCACGGAAUCAAGAACCUCCGUGUUAUCGACGCUUCUGUCAUCCCUGUUAUUCCGGACUGUCGCAUUCAGAACUCAGUCUACAUGUUGGCUGAGAAGGGUGCCGAUGCUAUCAAGCGUGACCACAGAGACCUUUACCGUUAAAGAUGGUGAGGGGCGUAGUUAGGGUGUGGCUUUAACAUACGAGCUCGGGAUUAACCUGAACGUCUUCGUUACUCUUAACUCUCUUCAAUACAUUGUGUUUUCACGGAUGAACGGGAUGCAAGGUGUAAUUCUACUAUCGAACUGAUCAUCUCCAUAAGCUUCAAAACGAGUUUCUCAACAUGUUUGAGAGUUAGGGGUUCCGUAUAUGUCACAUGCCAGCAACCUAAGAUGUUGUCUGCGGACGCUUGCACUUCGAUGCAGUAGAAGCAAUCUCCAUGUCCAUGAUAGCUUCAAUCGUUUCAAGAAGCUGUUGGGCAUAGCUGAACGUGACAACGUGUUCGGUUGAUGAGAAAUUCGGGCUACUUGGUGAUGUUGCCGGCCGUGUAUGGGACAAUGAAGGGCCAACUUGAUCUGUUGAAGCCAUCAUCAUGAUUUGUUGUGCGUGGCAGGACGUGUAUAAAUGAGCAGCCCAUAAGAUUAUGGGAGCUGGAUGCUUGACAAUGCCGGGAGAGGUGAUGAUCAAAAUGUCGGGAACGUUUACCGUGAAAUAUUCAUCAGAUAUUGUAUCAUAUCAUAAUGGAGUUUUUAUCUAUCUUGGGGAGCUAACACCGAAGAGCUAACCAGGGAAGCUGAUUUUAUCAUCCCUGAGAGAAGCUUGCAGCCCAUGGUUUCGAUUGUUGCAUGUUUGAGAGGUAAUCUCGGGCGAGAGAGAUCGUACACCAAGAUGAGAGUGUCUCAGAAGUCUCGCGCGAGAGGGUUUCUUCGUUUCUGGAAGCUGGUCCGUGCGUCGGAGUGGGGAUACGAGGGCUUGUCAUCCAAGAUGUCAUGUAUCUCCAUUUACACCGUGUUCCAACUGGGUGUUGAGCUGAGGCUUCACGACCGGCCUAUAUACUAUGCUGUGUUCUAUUCGCCUGCCAAAGGGAGAAUUUUGGUCGUUUCUGGGAAUACAGACCAUUUUACGUACGAAUCCCCGUCAGGUCAGAUGAAUCCUCAAGGCCACCAACCACGUCUGGAAAAGUCCAUUUGUUUCUCGGAGCCUGAGAUAGGAUAUAAGUCGAGCACAGUCUUCCUUCCAUCCUGCUGUAAGGAUCUUCAACGAACAGGGGGCAGUACGAGGUCACGUUCUUCAAUCGUAUACGCG